AUGAAGAAUGCGUUGGUGUCCCACAUCGUCCCACACAGCCACAGUCUUGGUCUCACAUCUGGGGAGUCAGGAUCUGUGCUGCUGUGGAGCUCAGGAGUCCAUCUGGAAGACAGAAACCGUCCAGCUGAGGCUGAUGGUGAGUUCAGGUUGGUGGGAGGAAGCUCUGGCUGUUCAGGUGGACUGGAGCUGAAACACCUCGGAGAAUGGAGACCAGUGGACGACCUCUACUGGAACCUGAAGCAGACUGCAGACUCGGUGCGGCUUCUGAAUGGAUCCAGUCGUUGUUCAGGCAGACUGCAGGUGAAGACUAACCCGUCUGACCAGACCUGGUCCUCAGUGUGUGAAGCAGACCUGGACCUGCAGGAUGCACAGGUGGUGUGCCGGGAGCUGGGCUGCGGGGCUCCUUCAGUCCUGCAGGGGGCGGUCUAUGGAGACGUGCAGACUCCAAGGUGGAGCCCAGAGUUCCAGUGUGGAGGCCAUGAGUCUGCUCUGCUGGACUGUAGAAGCUCAGGCUCGGCUAGAAGCAGCUGCUCACCUGGUAAAGCUGCUGGACUCACCUGCUCAGAGGUCGAUGAGAUCAGGUUGGUGGGAGGAGCCAGUCGCUGUGCAGGAAGUCUGGAGCUGAAAUAUCUUGGUGACCAGAGACCUGUGGAGAAGUAUGGCUUCACCAUGAAGACAGCAGCUCUCAUCUGUGAACAUCUGAACUGUGGCUCCGCUGUUUCUGUGCAAGCAAGUUAUGUGUCAGUUCAAUCUGUAUGGAGAAUCGACUCAGGAUGUUUUCAAUCUGGAUCUGAUCUGUGGAGCUGUGUGUCAUCAUGGGUCUUCUCUGACACCAUGAAACUCACCUGCUCAGACUCGGUGCGGCUGCUGAAUGGAUCCAGUCGUUGUUCAGGCAGACUGCAGUCUGGUAGUGUUUCAACUAUCUUCCCCAUGACCCAGGAGUUGCGAGGGGAGGAACUGUCCACCAAGAGCACAACAUCGCCUGCCAUGAAGUUUCUUCUACGCUUCAGCCAUUUCUGUCGCUCCUGA